CGUAGUGGCGAUAGCGGGCGUUGUCCUGGAGACGGUGAGGCCGGGAGCAAGGAGUUGUUGGGCCGCGGCUUAAACAGUUUAAGAUUGAGAACCAUGCUCUCUGCGAAACCUUCUGUUUUCCUUCUAAUGGUCAACGGGCAGAUUGAGAGCGCCGAUUUUCCAGAGUUUGAUGAGCUGUAUUGCAAAUAUUCCUAUGUAUAUGGACAAGACUGGGCUCCAACAACAGGUCUGGAGGAAGGGAUAUCCCAGAUCACCUCUAAAAAUAGGGAUUGCAAUCAAUGCUUUGUGUGGAACUUUCCGAUGGAGAUCACAUUCAAGAGCACUAACCCAUUUGGCUGGCCACAGAUAGUUAUAAGUGUGUAUGGAACUGAUUUGUUUGGAAAUGAUGUGGUCCGUGGCUAUGGAGGUGUUCAUGUUCCCACAACUCCUGGAAGGCAUAAGAGAACCAUACCAAUGUUUGUCCCAGAGUCUUCGUCUAAACUGCAAAAGUUAACAAGCUGGCUUAUGGGAAGGCGCCCAGAAUUCACAGAUCCUAAAGUGGUUGCACAAGGGGAAGGAAGAGAAGUUACAAGGGUUUUGUCACAAGGCUAUGUUACCAUCUCUUUCAACAUUGUCACCAAGGAUUUGAAGAAACUUGGAUAUGAUUCAACCCCUACUAAUAAUCAUCAUCCUGUAUUGUCAGAUGUUUAAGUGGAAGGGUAUUUUAGCAUAAAGUUAUAAGAAUAGUAUGUCUGUAGCCUAAGGUUCAGUAUCACCAGUUCACUCCUCAAAUUCUCCUCUGAUCAGGAAAGCAUCUCAAACAUAAUAUUGCACCCGUGUUCUGUCUGAAAAGUACUUAAGACAGUAUUCACAACUAUUCAAUCAAAGGUGUACUAUAACAUAUAUGGCUGCAUGAUUGUCGCACUGGCAUCUGACUUUUUAUAGGUAUGGCCUAGAGUCACUCAAUUGCCUCAUUGAAGAGUAAACAUUUUGCCUCCCAUUCUGCAUGUUGAGAAUUGUCCUGUUGACCUACCAGUCAAGGUCAUCAUAAUUGAAAAGCUGACCUCUUUUUAAGCUGUAUCUGACAUUAUGAAUAGAACUACAUUACCUAUAUGACCUGGAGAAGAUUUUUAAAGUUUCCAAAAACUAGAGGUAAGGCCUAUAAAUGCACAGGUGUGGAACACUUUAUUCAGCUUUGCUCUUGCCCCUAACAGAUGCAGAAUAAAGCUCAUGUUUCAACACUGUGCCUGUCUUCUCAAAACUUCUGACAGAUGUUAGAUGUGGCUCAAUAGUAGCAUCUUGCAUAUACUAGCCCAAGAGGUGAAACAUUUUAAGUAGGCAAAAGGACUCCACAGCUUGACUGGAGCACUUUAUCAGCAUGGUCAAAUGUCUAAAUACAUUUACUGUCGCAACAAAAUGCAUUUGAAAUAGCUACGAUUCAAUCCAUUCUAAAAUUUGAACUGAGAGUAAGUAAUAUUAUCCAAUAACUGUAGUUGUUAUGGAGUGCGUUUUCCAUGGUAAAUUUUUUGUAUUUUAAAAAAACAAUUUAUUAAAGAAACAACAGGAUUUGACUCCUAUCCAUGUGUGUUUGUCAGUAUUAGGACUAUUCUCAAAUUUCACACACUGUUAGUGAUGAUACCAUGUGACCACCUAAGAUUUGGGGAGGAAAAAUUGAAGCUUUGGACAACGAGACUGGCAUUUCUCAUUUUACCAGAAUGGAAAUAAAUUUUCUCUGGCAGAAAAACCUUCUGCCUUCUACGAAUACUCUUAUGCUGAGCAAAAUAGCAUUGGUGACGCAUUUGGAGAACUGGAAAAUGCUGAGAACAAUAGGAGCACGUUCCAUUGAUUGAGCUUCCAUAGACUAGUUUUGAAUUUACCCCUCUUCAAGUGCAGGGCUUGGUCUCAGGUUCUACUGUUCUGAACAAAGAUGAAAUAGUUUGCCACUGUCUAGAUUAUGAAGGAAUUAUUCAAGUGGAAUUCUAACAACAAACAGAAUGCAAAGGCAGCACUCCACAAAGAAACCACUUUCCCCUCUUCCCUGGCCAUGAUGGCCUCCUUACGUCACACUGUUACCUUAGUGCUAGGGACUAUUUUGUCAGGUCUUUCUUGGUUGUCUCCUGCCAUCUAAUGAUUAUUACGAUCAGGUAGUCAGUCUCCAAGGCCUCAGCCUAUAGAGAGCCAGAUGGUUUCUCAGCCAACCCUGCUGUCAGGUAAAAUCAAUCCCAUAAUCUUUGAGAACACUUGAGAAUUCCUUUAUUUUCUGUACUAAAAGCUUGGCCUUAUCGGGAAUCGCUUAAAUAGGGCCCAAGUCAUUUGUUCACUGUGCAAGCUUGAUGCCGAAAUAGGAUGCAAAGUUAUACUGCUAGAUAAUGGCUACCCUAAUCAGGUCAUUGGCUGCUGUGUAUUGCGCACACAAAAAUGGGCCUACGGCUGCCAACUUUGGACAUGAGAAGUGCCCAGUUUAUGUCAGAUUAGCCCGGAAGGGUAUUUGAUGCCAAAAAGAUGUCCUGCCCACAACACAAUAAUGCAUAAAUGAAUUUCGGUGUCAGUGUGAGGCCAGGUACACAGGCCGUAAGUCCCAAAGACUGGCAGAUCAUAUUAAACAGCACACCCCUUCGGCUGUCUGCAAGAAGCAGAGCACUGACUACUUAAUCAGCCAGUGCUUGCAAAACUCAGAACAUAUUGGGUUGUAACCUCUGACUGGUGUUGGAAAAAGCUGGCCUGCAGAAAUUAGAAGAAAUGCCUACUUACCUGGUCUUGAAAAUAACAUUGACACCUCUAUUUGCCGGAGCUGCAUUGAAAGUCUCCUCGCAGGCCCCAGUGAAGUCUAGAUCCAGUGUAUUCAAGGAGGCCACACUUACUUUACGGCACAAGCUGCCAUAAAGCAGUUAAGUUUAAAGGGCCAGGGAAAUUGACAGGCCAGGGGAAGGUACGUGUCUAAGAUAUAUAGAUAGAAUUUGGGGUUGUCCAGGGUAGUUGGGAGGGUCUGGUGUUUGGGGAGUGGGGGAGGGUGGCAACCAAUUUAAGAUCAUCAGUUGGGUUCGCAAUGUGGCUCACUUAUGUUUGCUAGAAGCUACACGUGAACCUGUCCUCUGCAGGCAAAAGGAAUAUAUCCAGGCAUUGCACCCUUUUUUCAUUCUUGCAUCAUCCUAAUGAGUAUUAGAUGAAAAGCUUCAAAUGCAUUUCUCCUUUUUCAAGUUCUGAAUUACCAAAUGACUAGUUUACCUAUAAAUGCUACCUAAUUUGAUUGCAAUCAGGAUAUCUAAGAUUCUUCUCAAAGCUCAGUGGCUAACCACACUUCCCAGUGUGCUAUUAAAGCCACAAUCAGGAAAAUCCCUCAAUCUUAUAUUUUGUUUUGGCAAUCCAUAUAAGUUAGGAAACAUUAGCUUAGGUUUUUGCGUUAGCUUAUAUCGUUUAUGAACUGGCAAGGUAAUGCCACUGAUUAAUGAAAAUGAUAAAUGCCUACCCACAUGUCAAUAUUUUAUUCCAUGUUCUGCAAGGAAAGCAGUUGCAUUUAUGCAGCAACUCAUCACAUCCUUAGCAUGUAACACAUCGCUUCACAAUUAAUUGAAGUGCAAUUACUGUUGUUAUGCAUGAAAACAAUGAAAUGCAUUUCCUUCUCAACUCCAUGUCUACCACUUCCCAUUUAAUGUCCAAUUGUCAAUUCUGCAUCCAUGUAUGUAUAUAAUGCAGGGUUUUAUACUUAAUAAAGCAAAUGUGGGAUUUGAA